UUUUGAUAGAGCUAUCUCGAAGCAAGCAGCCCCAGAACAUUCUCCGUCUUCUUCUUCCUCACUCUUUUGCUCCACUGAGUGAACUCGCCUAACUCGCUAACUCAGAGCUCGCCCAGCCCUCCCAUGGCAUUUGCUCACUACCCAACAUCCAUUCGCCUCCAAGCCUCAAAGCACCCAAAGACUUCGAUUCUGAAACCACCACCUCCUUCUCCUUCCUUUUCCUCUCUUACUCUUCCCCUCAAACCUCGCAACCUCUCCUUAUUUUCAAGGCCCCGAAUUCCGGGGCAUAAAGGUAAUUACACUUCUCCACCGUCGGCGCAGGCGGAGCCGCAGGGGCCUCGGGCGAGUUCAGCUGCGGACGCCUUCACUAACUUCAAGCAUCUGCUGCUGCCCAUCACCGACGGGAACCCAUAUCUCUCCGAGGGCACAAGACAGGCUAUAGCUACGGUUGCUGCGUUGGCGAAGAAGUAUGGGUCUGACAUUACGGUUGUGGUGAUCGAUGAUCAGCAGAAGGAGUCGUUGCCGGAACACGAAACCCAGCUUUCGACUAUCCGUUGGCAUCUCUCCGAAGGUGGGUUCCAAGAAUACAAGCUGUUAGAGCGACUCGGGGAAGGGAAUAAGCCAACAGCCAUCAUCGGCGAGGUUGCUGAUGACCUGAAUUUGGAUUUAGUUGUUAUAAGCAUGGAAGCUAUUCACUCCAAGCAUAUUGAUGCAAACCUGCUUGCUGAGUUCAUUCCUUGCCCUGUCAUCCUUUUGCCGUUAUAAUUUGCCAUUUCAACUGUAAAGUAAUCACUUCAAACUCAAGCUCCUUUCUAGUUUACAAUGCCAGUUUCUUGUGACCGGAUUCUAUGACCUUUUAUUUUUGUUUUCCAAGAAAAAUCAAUACAGAAUUGAAUUUUUUGCUCUUA